UUAGUAAACCAAAAUGAAGGCAUUCGUACUGUUAUUGGCUUCCCUCUUGGGGGUCUGCGCUGGAUUCACUGUACCCCACACUGCUGUCCACCCCCGAGAUCUCAAGGUCGAACAUCGCAGCAUCGAGGGUCGCAUCACGAACGGAAACGUGGCCGCCGAGGGUCAGGUUCCCUACAUCGUGGGAGUCAGCUUGAAUAGCAACGGAAACUGGUGGUGGUGCGGGGGAUCUAUAAUAGGCAAUACAUGGGUGCUCACUGCCGCCCACUGUGUCGCAGGUGCCGAUGAGGCUUCACUUUACUACGGCGCCAUCAACUACAAUGAGCCCGCCUUCCGGCACACAGUCAGCAGAGAGAACUUAAUCAUGUACCCUGGUUAUGUGGGACUCGAUCAUGAUUUGGCUAUGAUCCGGACACCCCACGUGGACUUCUACAGUCUGGUCAACAAAAUCGAACUGCCCAGUUUGAAUGAGCGUUACAAUUCCUACGAGAACAACUGGGCUCAAGCUUCUGGCUGGGGUGCCAUUUACGAUGGCAGCAAUGUGGUGGAGGAUCUGCGAUUUGUAGAAGUACGCGUGAUUUCCGUUUCGGAUUGCCAGGCCUACUACGGAACUGAAACUGCCACCGAAAACGUCAUCUGCGUGGAUACUCCGGAUGGCAAGUCCACCUGCCAGGGCGAUUCCGGUGGUCCUCUGGCCACAAGGGAGGGUGACAAGCUGAUCGGAGUCACUUCGUUUGGAUCCAUUUACGGCUGCCAGUCAGGAGCCCCGGCUGGUUUCACUCGGGUCACCAAUUACCUUGAGUGGAUUAAGGAGGUGACUGGCAUUUACUAUUGAGUGUAGUCCCAAAACCAAUUUCACUGAAUAAAUUCCCGAUUUUCUGCACUCAU